AUGAUCAACGCAGUGCUCGUCUUCAAUAAUGCGGGCCAGCCACGACUGACCAAAUUCUACACGCAGUUGGAAACCAGCGUUCAACAGAGGCUGAUUUCCGAGAUCUUCACCCUAGUUGCUAACCGGCCCAGCUCAGCUUGCAACUUUCUCCCCCUCCCACCUCUACUGGCAAACAGCAGUAAAUCGUCCACCCCAACCACCCCUCACAACGACACCCCAUCGCUCGUCACCUACCGCCACUAUGCCACGCUCUACUUCAUCAUCAUCUCCACGUCCACUGAAUCGCCGCUUGCGCUGCUCGAUCUGAUCCAGGUCUACGUCCAGGCUCUCGACGGCCUCUUCGAAAACGUCUGCGAACUCGAUCUUAUUUUCAACUUCGAGACCUUGCACGCUACCCUAGGCGAAAUGAUUGUUGGCGGUGUUGUCAUCGAAACGCAGUUGGAUAAAGUGGUUGAAGGUGUGAAGGCGCAGGGUGCCGUAGCUAAGCGGCCUGUCAAUGAGGGAAAGGGCGCAAUGGGGUUCGGCGGGUUCGGAAGAGGAGAUGGCGGGGUAUGGGCAGGAAGAUGA